AUGGCCACGCCGGCCAAGCGCCGGGCACAGCCCCAGCCGCAGCCCCCCGCCACGGAAAGCGGCUCGGAGUCGGAGUCGGAGCCGGAGCCGGAGCCGGAGUCAGAGUCAGAGUCAGACUCUGAGGAGGAAGAGGAAGAGAGGAUCGAUGAGGAAGUGAACAUUGAAUUUGAAGCACAUUCCAUAUCAGACAAUGACUACAAUGGAAUAAAGAAAUUACUACAACAGUUGUUCCUAAAAGCUCCUGUUAACACUGCUGAAUUAACUGAUAUAUUAAUACAACAAAAUCAUAUUGGAAGUAUUAUCAAGCAAGCAGAAGUCCCAGAGGAGAGUGACAAUGAAGAAGAUGAUGAUGAUGAUGAAGUCUUUGGUUUUAUAAGCUGCUUAAAUUUAACAGAAAGGAAGGGUACACAGUGUGCUGAACAAAUCAAAGAGCUGAUUCUGAGUCGAUGUGAGAAGAGCUGCGAGCAGCGUGUAGUUGAACAACUGGAUAAGCUCCUAAAUGACAGUGCUAAGCCUGUGGGUCUUAUACUGAGUGAAAGAUUCAUUAACGUGCCACCACAGAUUGCUCUGCCCAUGCACCAACAGCUGCAGAAAGAAUUGACUGAGGCACAGAGAACAAACAAACCUUGUGGGAAGUGCCACUACUAUCUUCUUAUCAGCAAGACCUUUACAGAAGCCACAAAGAGCAGUUCUAAGAAGAGGGAAGGGAGAAAUCAGCAAAAGGAGGAAUUGAUGUUUGCAAACGCAGAGGAAGAAUUCUUUUAUGAGAAAGCCCUUCUGAAGUUCAGCUACUCUGUGCAAGAGGAAAGUGACACCUGUUUGGGCGGCAGAUGGUCCUUUGAUGAUGUACCAAUGAAACCCUGGCGGACUGUUAUGAUAGUUCCAGCUGAUGGAAUUAAUGUAAUUAUGGAUAAACUCAAAGACUAUCUCUCACUCUGAACUCUCCCAUAAACACCAUUUUAGAAAGCAGCCAUGCAGAACUAUGGCUUCACAAUAUUUUCAGAAGAGUUAAUGGUUUUGUACUGCUCAAAUGCUUCUUCUUGUAGCAGGUAGUGCCAGUAAAAAUAUCCAUCAAGUUAAUUUUUUUUA